AGUAGUAGAAUUUUCGAGGCAACCCGUACCAAGUAGGAUAUUUUCGCGUGUGAUUAGUGAAAAUCUUAGGAUUAGUUACUUGUAGAUUUAUACAAUGUUCUUAAAUCAGACACGGAGAAUGUCAAAUAAAAACAGAGUCAAAGUUUGACGUUCCAUGCCCACACCAUCUCGAAUUUAUUAGUCCAAUAAUACAAUAUGGACUAAAUUCCACAAAGUUCUAUCGUGUAUUCAAAGAUUAUAAAUAUAUUUAAGAUAAGGAAUUUUUCACGCCUCAGCAAUAACAAUGACCGCAACUGCUGUAGAUCAUGGCGUACAGCGUGGAGUCAACCGCGUACUUGUUAAGCUGGAAAAUUCAAUUGAAUCAGGAAACUACUAUGAAGCACAUCAAAUGUAUCGGACAUUGUACUUUCGAUACACCGGUCAACAAAAAUAUGCGGACUGCUUAGAAUUGCUAUGGAGUGGGGCAAUGAAGCUUGUAUUAAAACAACAAGAAACGAGUGCAGCAGAUUUAGCCCUCCUCCUUGUUGACACAUUAGACAAGCGUGGUAGUACUGAAAGUGACCCAAGUAAUGAGGGCGACAUUUGGAUUAAACGGUUGGGCACGCUUAUUGGACUUCUAAGUCCUACAACGGUGGAGCGCGAAACCUUAAUUAGUCGCGCAAUAAAAUGGAGCAGUGAUAUGUCGGGCAAUACAUUAGGGCACCCCGGCAUGCACAAAGCUAUUGCUCAAGUAUUUUGGGCUGAAGGAAAUUGUGAACAAGCACGCCAUCACUUUUUACUGAGUCGUGAUGGAAAUCUUUGCGGUCGUAUUUUAAUGAAGAUCCAUAAAAAUAAAGGCUACAAAAACGAAUUGGAUUUAUUUAUCGUGCAGGCUGUACUACAACAAUUAUGUUUAAAAGAUCGGAAGACGGCUGAAGAUACUUUUAUAUCUUACACUUCAAAUCAUUCGAGCAUUAGACGUAAUGAGGCUCCAUUCAAACAACCGCUAUUAAACUUUAUACACUUUUUGUUUCGUUGUAUCGACACUGGACGACAUGACACAUUUCGUGCUUUGUGUGAUCUAUAUAAACCAUCGUUGAAUAGAGAUCCUUCGUUCGAGAAAUAUUUGGUCAAAAUAGGAAUACAUUUCUUUGGUGUUGCACCGCCAUCUACAACAACUGGAGGAGGCUUAAUGGGAGGCAUGUUUGGUGACUUAUUUACGCGCUUAUUCCAAGGAUUCGAUGACGAUGAUGACGAUAGCCAACAUGGGCAACAAUUAAGGGCCAACACACGUUUACGUACUGGUGGCGCUCCAAACUCUGUCAAUCUAGAUUAACAUCAAUAGAAAUGACGACACGAAAUAAUCAUGUUUUUUUUUUUCAAUGAAAUAAACUAUAGUUUUAGCAUGUUAAUUUGACAAUUUUUUUUCCCGUAGUCAUAUAUAAAUAGCCUAACUUCAUAACUGAAAUCUCAUUUCGAAUAUUUUCUACAAGUUAAAGUGUUCAAUUCAAAAUGCAUCAUUGUAACAGCUUUAGCCAUUACAGAAACCGAAUCUAGUAUAUAAUUUUGUUAACAAAUAUAAUUAAUUUUAAUUUAAUUAUAGUAAAUCUUUUAAGAUUGAUACGUUCAAAUAACAUUUCAUCGAAUAUAUUUCGGAGUGCUCUAAAAUAUAAAGAAUAUGUGGUCCAA